AAUGUGAGUUUUAUGGGCAGGAUCGCAGUUGCUUUAAAUUAUCGGAGUUGGCAAGUGCCUGAGAGAGAAGGAGUGGGAGGCUGUUUCAACUGGGGAAAGACAGUUACAGAACUUAGUUCCACAAGAGCAUGAGCUCCUAGCUUCAAACGCCUUCCUGGGGCUCUGACAAGUACUGCCUUUUCUCCUCCAGAGUUUUUGUGUGUGUGUGACAUUUCGAAGGGGCUUUGAAAAAAACAAACGCCUCUUUCUGGCAUCCAGUUGUUGCGUUGACCAAAUUCAUGGGACAAUCAGGACGAGGGAGUUUCAUGUUUUUGUGGGCAAUUUGAUGUGCCAGCUCCUUGGAGGGAAGGUCUAUUUUUGCUGUGGCUUUAUCAGAUAUCAUGAUUACCACUCCUGCCUUCUUUCUAUCAGUUGAGACCCAGAAGGUCUUACUCCAUUCUUUAAUUCUGACCUUGUGGGUGUCAACCCGCCUCAUGUGUGUUUCUUGAAGACAACAUAUGGUUGGGUUUUGGAUUCUAAUCCAUUCUGCUAUUCAUCUACAUUUUAUGGGGUCUGGGGGAAUUUCUGGAGAGAAAUCAGGAAAUUACUUAUCAUUGGGAACCAGCAGAGAGUUACGAGUGCCUGCCUGCUGAAAUGAAGGACUUUUGAACCAAAGCGGCACAUCUGCACACACUAAUUCAGAGACUUCAGAUACUGGAAGGUCUUGGGAGCCAUAGCCAAAGAUGUUUGUCUUGCUCUAUGUUACAAGUUUUGCCAUCUGGGCAAGUGGACAGCUUCGGGGUAAUCAGUUCAAAGGAGAAAGUCACUCCCCAAGGUAUAUUUGUAGUAUACCUGGCUUGCCUGGACCUCCUGGUCCCCCAGGAGCUAAUGGAUCACCUGGGCCACACGGUCGUAUUGGCCUUCCAGGAAGAGAUGGUAGAGAUGGCAGGAGAGGUGAAAAAGGUGAAAAGGGGACUGCAGGAUUAAGAGGCAAGGCUGGACCUAUAGGACCAACUGGAGAGAAGGGAGACCAAGGAGAGACUGGCAAGAAAGGACCUACAGGACCAAGUGGAGACAAAGGAGAUGUAGGUCCAAUUGGACUUCCUGGACUAAAGGGAGACAGAGGAGAUCAAGGUGAUCGAGGGGUCCCUGGUGUCUGCAGGUGUGGGAGCAUAGUACUCAAAUCUGCCUUUUCUGUUGGUAUCACCACCAGUUAUCCAGAAGAAAGAAUACCCAUUGUGUUCAACAAGGUCCUUUUCAAUGAAGGGGAGCACUACAAUCCAUCAACAGGAAAGUUCAUAUGUGCAUUUCCAGGAAUCUAUUAUUUCUCUUAUGAUAUCACAUUAGCCAACAAACACCUGGCAAUUGGGCUAGUACACAAUGGGCAAUUCAAGAUAAAAACUUUUGAUGCCAACACAGGUAACCAUGAUGUUGCCUCUGGAUCCACAGUAAUCUACCUUCAGCCAGAAGAUGAAGUGUGGCUUGAGAUCUUCUUUACAGAUCAAAAUGGUCUUUUCUCUGAUCCAAGUUGGGCAGACAGUUUAUUUUCUGGAUUUCUUUUGUAUGUUGACACAGACUACCUUGACUCCUUAUCUGAAGAGGAUGAAUUGUGAAGGUGGUUGGCAAUCUGAAACCCUUCCUCCCUCAUUAUACAAACUAACAGAGGAUCUAAUCUGGGACCCAAAGACGGUAGAAGAGCACUGCUACAAUCUGAAGGAACUACCAAACAGAUUCCAGAGGAAACUAUGGAUGUUUUCAACAGAAUACAUUGAAGCAAGAUGCUAUACCAAACAGCUGGGACCACACAGAAUGAAUUAUGUAAAACAAUAAGCCCAGAUAUGAAUUCCCUUGAAAGCAAUGUUCAUAAAUAUUUAAACAAAUUAAAGAUAAUGUCAACAAAUUUUAUAUUAAAUACAUUGAGUGAUAAAACCA